GUAUCUUGACGUAAGAGUCUCGUUCUCUCAUUAAGUCUCGAUCUGCCAAAAUAGUUCGAUUAUCUCGUCAUUUUUCGAAGCCUACUUGAAAAUGCCAUCGCAUAGGUUCAUCGGGAUAGCAAUGUUUGCGGUAAUUACGUACUUUGAUAUCUUAUUGGUCACCGACUUUUGGGAUGGAGCGAGAGAUCCGAUGGGACCAUAUCCGAGAAUACCAGACAAAGAUAGGCUGGAGAAAGAAAUUAAAUUCGCAGAAGAGUGCAAAAAAUAUUACAAAGCGCCACAAGAAGUGUUCCUGUCUGAUACCUAAGAAAGAAAUUUAUUAAUUUUAAAUGUACAGUGAAUAUAUGCAUGUAUGUCUUUUCCACAAGGAAAAAUGUAGCAAUAAAUGUUAUAAUAAAUUGUAUAAUAAUUUAA